UAGUUUCACAAUUCAGAACUUCAAAAACCAGUUAAAAGGAGUUAUAAAAGAUGCAAACUUCAUGCAGUGUCCUGACCAAAUAACACCAAACUAGUUAAGUCUUGUAGUAGUUGUGUUUUUAAGAUUAAGUACCUAUUGGCCCCUAACCUUUCCCCAAUAGAGGCCUACUCUGCAGCUCAGCCCCUGAGGUGGCCGCAUAUUUGUUGGCUGACUAAAGAAUGUGGUUACAUGCCUUGGACAUUAGCUAUGACGGAGCGCUGGCUCCAUCGGAGAGGGGAGUGUGCAUAGGAGGUAGCGAAGAAGGAGGGGAGGGUCAGAGUCUGGCCUCACGGCAAGUGAGCUCAUUCACCCUCCGAGCUCGAAGAGAGCGAGCGGCGUCGUCAUCCCUGGUUUGCAGGGGGAGGGAGGUAGCGGAGGAGGAGGAGUGUACGCUGGCGAGAGAGCGAAUGAGAGACAGGCGAAGUGGAGCCGCACAACAAUAGUGGGCUGCUCUUCUUGCUGUGGACUCACUGAGAAAGAGAAAGCCCUCACUAAGACACUCUCAGACCAUCUGCAGGCAGAAUACAGCUGCUGCAGUCAGGCUGGAAAACUCACUCGUUUUUCUCUUUGCUUUCUCUGCCUUUCUUCACAAAACCACACACACCUACUAAAUAUUUGUAGAACAGCCAUUUCUGGGAUUUUUUGCAAUUUGGCCACGUGCGGACCAGUUUGAGGUACUGUUAUUUUUCUUGCACAAGCUCCCUACUUUGAGGGUCACUUCCAAGGCCCUGGAUUUGACCAGUGUGGACUCUCAUAUUGAGCUGUUUGGGAUUUUUACAUACUGUCUCCGGAAAAGACUAUUUUUGGUGUGAUAAGGUAUCGCUCCAUCCCUGCAAAAGCCGAGCGUUUCAUUUGGUGUGUGUGUGUGCACACAUAAGCCGGAGUGUGUUCUGGGGGAUGCCGCUAGAUGUGGUGAUAUCCCCAGCUGAGGAUCGUUUUUGGCCGGACUUGCAGUGCACAGACAUGAGGCUGAAGAUCAGGGUCCGCCGGAUGAAGGAGGGGAGAGAGCUACGAGGUGUGUACCCACCUGGACACAAGACAAGUGUGUUUUUAGGGGGCUUUGCUGCGUUCUCCUCCUGCUUCCCCGGCCUGUGUGAAGGGAAGCCAGCCACUGCUCUUCCUAUGAGCUUGUCCCAGCCCUGCUUGCCUGUGGCUAAUGUCGGACCCACCCGCAUCCUGCCACACCUCUACCUGGGCUCUCAGAAAGACGUCCUCAAUAAGGAUCUGAUGCUCCAGAAUGGUAUUACGUACGUGCUGAACGCCAGCAACACCUGCCCCAAGCCGGACUUCAUCAGUGAGAGCCACUUCAUGCGCAUCCCAGUGAAUGACAACUACUGCGAGAAACUGCUUCCUUGGCUGGACAAAACCAACGAAUUUAUUGACAAAGCUAAGGUGUCGAACUGCAGAGUCAUUGUGCACUGUCUGGCUGGAAUCUCGCGUUCAGCGACCAUCGCCAUCGCGUACAUCAUGAAGACAAUGGGCCUGUCAUCAGAUGACGCCUACAGGUUUGUGAAGGACCGAAGACCAUCCAUAUCCCCCAACUUCAACUUCCUGGGCCAGCUGCUGGAGUUUGAGAAAGAACUGAGACUACUCCAAGCUUUGACUUCCAGCGCCGAUGACAAGAUGUCAGACAGCAACUCCAAGAUCAACGCUGAGCUUAACGGGGUCAACUCGUGUUUCGAGAUGAACGGUCUCCAGAGCAACUAUGACUCAUUGGUGGCAGAAAACCCGCCAGAGCCCAAGAUAGCAUUGCCCACCUCCCUCCAGCAAGGCUUCAAUGGCUUGCACCUUUCUGCAGAGAGAAUUAUGGACACCAACCGUCUGAAACGCUCCUUCUCUCUGGACAUUAAAUCUGUGUACUCCCCUAACAGUCCACAUUCUGCUGGCAUGGCACCAACACACUCUGAAGAUGUCCCCAAGCUGUGCAAACUGGACAGCCCAGAGACAGGCACCUCCAAUGGCGUCUGCUCCCAGUCCCCCAUCCUGAACAGUCCCUGCUCUUCUGACUCGCCCUUCCCCUCGCCUGGCAGUGUUGGCACCGUUGGCGGUCUGGGGCACGGAGGAAGCGAAGGAGUCCAUCGGCCUGGUUCUUCGUCAUCCAGACUGAGAAGAAAACACAAGCACACCUCUGGAAGUUCACCAGCCCAUUUCCAGCAACAGCUAUCCCAAUCCCUCAGCCUGUCUCUGGACCAGAAGAGUCCAAGCAUGGAUGAGAACCUAAAAGGUUCCCUGCUUCUGUCACUGCCCUCCGUUGGAUCCGAGGCCAUGUGGACCAAACAUAGAGACACCGUCCAAGCCACCACCCCCGUCACUCCUGUCACCCCCACCACCGACGCCCCCUGGCACUUUGGGGCGGAGGAAGUAGGCGAGAUGGAGCUCGGCGGCGGGGGUGACGGCGGGCGAAACGAGCCUUCUUUGAGAUUCGGGAGCAGCUCGGCAUAUGUGGCGUUCGGGUGCAGCGAGGGAGUGCGGUUACAGGACAAACCUCCCAAGGAGAAGCAGCGAGACUUCACGUCGUCCUCCAAUGUGCCCAAUGUGGGCGGGUCGGCGGCGGAGAAGCAGUUCAAGCGUCGCAGCUGUCAGAUGGAAUUCGAGGAGGUCAUCUCAGAGACGCGUUCUCGAGAAGAACUGGGGAAGAUCGGAAAACAGUCAAGUUUCUCGGGGAGCCUUGAGAUCAUUGAGGUAUCCUGACACAUAAUGGACAACUCUGUCCACACCUGCUUGCAGGGGGAAAGAACAUUAUUUUCUUCCCCCUCAUAGGCAGCGUUCAAGACUACGAGUGAGAGACGGACUGAGCAAAGGUUAGCAAGCUGGACAGAGACGAGCUGCUGACCAGAACCUUAUUGAACUCUCUAAAGGCCUGCAGGCACCGGAACCUUUGAGGUGUGUCAGGUUGCAUCUUCUAGAAUAACUCGGACACCAGUGCAGCCCUGGUCCCAGGACUCGUGAUCUGCGCCGGAAUGGUCCGACAGCCUCAAAAAGCUCAUCCUAACGUUGUCCUCGACAUUUAGCGGAGGCCUUGACGGCACAAAGCACGUCGACGCCACUCUUCCGCUCUCCUCCAAAACCGAUGCCUCCCAAACAAAGACCUCAGCAUCUCACCAGUCACCCUAAAGCACAGCCUGUCCUUUGUUUGGCGCGUCAGCCGCACCCUCCCUGCCUUUGCUCCUUGUCACCACUAGUGGUCACCACUGAGCAUGCACCAUGAAAGGCUGGCAACAGAAAACUCUUAUUAUACAACAUGAAUAUAUAUGUAUAGCAAUUUUAACGGGAUUUUUAUUUUGCUUUUAAUUUAUUGUUCAUUCUGGUAAUGAGAAAUAAUAUAAUGUUUGUGGAUUGAUUUCAUUUUUUUCUUAUUAUUUGCUGUAUGGUAUUUAUACAACACAUACAAAUACACACGGAUUCAAGCAAGCAA